AUGCCUUUUCACGGUAACUACCAGCAAAUACGGCCUACGUGAGUUUGGUUUCAUUAGGGAUAGUUAAAUAAUAUUUUCAUACUCUGAAAGUUUUCAAGCCAGUGAGCUGGAAUAAAAUGUUACAAUGUCUUAUAUCAAAUCGAAUAAUUUAUCAGAUUUUUUUUGGAUAGUUUGUUUCAGAUAUCCAGGACAGAGUCUGGUCACACUCGAUUCGCCAGAUGCAGCUUAUUCGAUUAUACGUUUUGUAAGCCUUUUUUUCUUUUUGGCGAAUUCGAAUAGCUUUUUCUCCUUCCUCAAUUUGAAAAAAAAACCGAGGUGAAGAAUAUUUUUAACAGUUUUGCCAAGAUUGAGAAAGAAAUAGACAAAUUUUCGAAUUUUCAAUUUUGCAGGGACACGACGGAAUCGACCUUUUAAACACAUCUAAUGGCGACGUUGAAUACUACGAAACGAACGACGAGUCAUUAACUGUGAGUGCCAGUUGAUUUUUCUUUGACUUUCUGGAAUUUUGCAGAAUUUUAUGAAACUGGGUUGUUACUGGUCCGGAAAUGAGACAAUCAUCGCUUGGUUCUUCGAUGACAACAACUUUUGCCUCUGGCAAAUCGAAUUGAAUAUUGACCAUCUCAACCAGCGUCUGUAUCCUAUGAAGCGAAAGUUGGUUUUUCUUUUAUCCACAAAAAAGUAUGAGGCUUCUCAUUCUGAUUCAUUUCAUUGUUUCAGAAGCAGUUAGAGAAGUUCACUUUUAAAUUGAUUUACAGCUCUUACUACACCCAGCCUUUUACAACCAGCGAUGUUUUUUACUUGAACGUAGAUGUCCAGCCGCUUGUUUUGAACCAAAAACGUAAUUCAAGGAGAUUUUUCAACAAAGCUUCGAUUAAUAAAACUCAGAAUACUUUGCUCUCUACGGGUUCGAUAAAACGAGCUUACAAAACGACUGCGCUCUUAUUUGUGUCCCUUGGACCAUAAGGUUCGAGCGGCCAAAAGUGUUUCAGGUAAUUUAAGCGCUUCGCAUUCCUUUCAAAUUCGAAGCUGAAAACACCUAUCAAAUUAUUUUAUUUAACUGAAACGGUUUUUUUUUUCUAAUCCUUGAGUUUGGAAUAAACUCAUGUGAAUUUUUUAUAAACACAAUUUAGUUUUUUUUUCAGUUCGACUCCAAAAAUUGGUUCGGCUGCACAGAUCAUUUCAAGAUAGACACGGGCGAGUUUCCGAGGAUUUUUUUUUUGUAAAUAUUUUUUCAGAUGUCCUCGCCACCUUCAGCUAUGAGAGUCUCUUUCAUUUUGUUCUGACUUGCGGUAAGCUAAGAUUUGAAAUAAAAAAAUCGAAAUAAAAAAAUUUUUUUCAGGCGGGCAAACCAAGAUCGUCCGCAGCAGUUUCCUCAUUGGACAGUCAUAUGCAACCCGUGCAAGUAAAACAGAACCUUUUGAAUUUCUCGAUUAACAACUCUUUUAAUUCCUGCACGCAAAUUUCUAUCUACUUUAAAUAUGACUUGCGUUGAGAGCAAGAAUGAAUAGCCUUCGUCAGAAAAUUCUAGAGCCGUUUUAAUUUUUUUUUGAUAGCAAUACUUGAGAAAUCUGACCGUUAAGAUCAAGUAAGCACAUGAUACUUUUAGAAAACUUUCAACCUGAAGUAGAAACAUUUAGUUUGAGACGGAAAAUUGAAUUUAACAGGCGAGGUCGUCGUCACCUCGCUCUCGUUGGAAGGCCUGAUUGUUGACCGAGUCCGCCGCUUGAGAACAUUUGAACAGAAACUGGUUUGAUUUAUUUUUGAAAAAUGCUGAAAAGUGUAUAACUUUAGGCAAUUUUCCUAGAUAAUCACAAUUUCGUGGGGUUCAACGCCGCUGAUGGGCGGGCAGUUGGUUUCUACUUGAUAAACCACUCUGCUUUGGGACCUUGGUAAUUUUUUUCGCAAUAUAGAAAAAAAUCAAUAUUUCAUUGCGUCAUUAUAUUCUUACCGUAUACUCAGAAAAAAAUUUUUUUACCUGCUUGAGACUUGUCUGAAUAAUCAAAAAAAGUCUGAGCUCUUGUUUUUUUUUUUGAGGAAAGCUUUCCACCACAGAGAAGAAUAAUCUUAUUUUCCGAGAAAACUUUAUUCUUUGAAAAAAUGAAACUAUCGGCAAAAAGAAGUACGUCUAUCCUUUCCGAAUUGUGAGGCAUGUUCCCUAAAGGGGACACUUUUGCAAGCUUUAGUGGCCCCUAUAGGGGUUGGUUCGGCAGCCCCUACAGGGGACCACUCUGAAGUUUCUGAGUUCUCAGAGUAAAAACAUAUAUUUUGAGCUUUAAAAAAGUCUAGUUGAAUGAAAAACCUCAACCUCGAUUUUUUUUUUCCGAACCUUUGUCAAUCUAAAAUGUCUGGUUGCGAAGAAUUGACUACAGAUCCUUUUGAAAAUUUGCAGGGAGUUUUUCGGACAAGGGGGUCUCCACGUUGCUUGCCCCAUCAACGCGGAGUCUCACUUGAGGGGAGUUCUGGAUCCGGCUCCCGAUGAACUUCUCGCCUUCCUCUCGUCCACCGUCAACGUCAUUACAGUACAGUACCGUUUUGUGAACGAUCAAUCUUGA